AUGAUCCCCUAUAUUAUUCCAACCCUUUACGCGAUAUAUAAGUCAGUUAGAAACUUUCAUAUUAUACGUCGUAACAAUGAGGUUACCGAUAAUAGCAUUAGUUUUCAAGAUAUUAAUAACCGUCUUGCAACAUUUAAUGAAGAUUAUGAUUUGAAAUUUAUACAUUUUUUAUAUUAUACAUACAUCGGAUUUAUUUUGGUGACAUUAUGUGCUCCAUCUAGUUUAUGGCUAAAAAGUUACUUGAUUAUGGUCGUUUUUUCCCGAGCCAUUGCGGAUAAAAAAUCAGAGAUCGUCAAUGCGUCUCAUCAAAGGGAAGUAGUUGAAUGUUGA